AUGUCCCUCUUUCCAAGCACCCUCACCGGGCGGAUCCUGGACGACGGCGUCACGGCACCGCCGGUCAUCGAACUCCAGGGCAUCUCCGCCGGGCAGCUGGCCACCGUCCUGACCGCGUAUACCCCGCAAACGGAGCACACCGCCAACACCACGGCCAUCGGAGUCAACGCGGCCGCCAUCACCGCCCUUCAAGGCCAGGUCGCCGCCCUGCCGGCAGUUCCUAACCUCGCGCCGUACGCGCUGGCCUCGGACCUGGCAGCCCUCGAGAGCUCCAUCCUAGCCAACGCUUCCGGCUUGGCGAGCGUCAACACGAGCCUGACCCUGGGGCUGGCUUCCAAAGCCAACCAGUCGGCCCUGGACGUCUCAAGCUUCGUGGCGGGCGAGCUGGCCAACUACGCCACGACUGCCUCCGUCAGCUCCAGCAUCGCUUCGGCACUCAGCUCCUACGACGACAGCAGCCAGGUCGACAACAAGAUCAUCACGGCCCUGCUGGCUUUCUACACCAGAGCGGAGACCGACCAGGCCAUCGCCAAUGCGGUGUCGGGCUCCGUGGAUCUGUCGGCCUACUACACCUCCGCCCAAACGCAGAGCUACGUGGCCAACGAGCUCCUCUCGUAUUAUCCGCGGACCGAGCUGGACUCCCUGCUCACGGCCACACUCACCCAAUACUGGACCAGCGGGCGCACCCAAACCGAGAUUGACGACGCCAUCGCCGGCGCGGGCUUUCAAACGCAGGCGGACGCAGACCUGCGCUACUUCGUGCGGGCUCCGGGCGCGGAGUCCGGGCAAAUCUUCAACUUGGUUCAAGAGCAGUUCACCCCAAGGAUCAUCCGCAACCUGCUCCUCGAAGCGCCCCUCUCGGGCGACGCCAUUCUUGGCAAUCAAAGUACACUGCGGCUCCGCUGCGACUCCUGGACCAAGGCGGAGGCGGACAGCCGGUUCCUGCGGACCAACGACCUCGGGCCCCUCGACGCCCGCUACUUCGUCACCGCUCCCGGCGCCGAGGGCGCUGGGAUCUUCAAUCUGGUCCAGACCCAGUUCACACCUCGCAUCAUCAGAAACCUGCUGUGCCAAACCCCGCUCUCCGCCCAGCCCAUCCUGGGCAACGGCAGCACCCUCCAAAUCUCCUGCGACUGCUGGAGCAAGGGGCAAAGCGACACUAGAUACCCUUUGGUCGCAACCUUCAACUCCCUGGGCCAGCGGGUCACGGACCUGGAGAACAGCCCGGGCGUGAAUCCCACCGCGGACCUCACCGUCAACAGCCUCACGGCCACCGCCCUCGUGCAGACGCCACUGCUGCAGAGCGCGGCGGCGGACCUCCAACUCAGAAACGCCACCACCACCAUCCGCGCCGAGGACGGCACAUUGCUGGCCUCCUUCGCCGCCGGCAACAUCGGCAUGGAGCAAGACAUCACCGCACCCCUGGUGCGCUCCGAUCCGGCCGCUCCGUGGCUCACCGUUCAAGGGGGCACCAACGGGAUUCUGAUGGACGACACCGUGCGCAUCAACGGAGUGCUGGGCCCCGAGGCCUCGCUGCCCUUCCUCUCCCUCUCGCGGGGGACGAGCGGGGUGCAGGUCCUUUCGCCGCUGCUGGAGCAAAUCGCCGUGGGCCCCACGGACGGCACCGUAGGCAUGGUGAUCCGCAACGCCGCGCCGACGGGCGAUGCACAGCUGCUGCUCGACGCCAACAAUCAGGGAGGCGUGGCGGAGCUCAAGGUGCUGGCGGGCGGCAACUGCGAGCUCAACGCCCAGUUCCAGUUCAUCUCCUUCAACACCACCAACGGCCUGGCGAACCUGGCCAUCGAGCCGAACAUCGGCGGCUCGAACGACGGGGAGGUCAUCUUCGGGUAUGGGUUUGUCAACCUGAGCGACCGGGAACUGGAGCAUUUGAUCGAUACUGCACCUUAG